GCUUUCUCCAUGCGUUGCUGUUGCUGGCAUGUAAGUUGAAAAAUUCUAUCAGAAUUAGAGAUUUUGAAAAAGUUUUGCUGCUCAUUAAAUUAAAUUGCUGCGGAUUUAAUCAAUUGUAACAAUCCUUGCCUGGCAAGGGAAUAAAAUAGUCAGUGCAAUAUAAGUAUAGUUGGUGUAAAUUAUUUCGGCAGAUUCGGUAAUGUGUUGUUGGUUAUGAUAGCAUGCUUCACUAUUUUUGCGAAAAACGGGUAUAGCAGAUCAACACAGGUCGGACCACUGAUGACACGCAAGCGGGCUCUUUCUCCGGGAUCGAAACUGGUUUCGUCGAACACGCUGCACAAGAUGCCCACCAGAGAAGAUUUAGCACUACAUGGCGCCACCACCAACAGAGAGAGUGGCAUCCGUUACCUGGACGUACCGGAUAAGUCGUUUUCCGAUAAGAAGAUGUACCGAUCUCUUGUUUUACCUAACGGCUUGCAUGCAUUGUUGAUAUCCGAUCCCACAGAACGCCCACACCAAGCCACGCGUAACGCCACAGCUGGGGAAGAGGACCAAAGUGACGAUGCAGUUAGUGUCACAUCCGCAGCUACUGAGGAGACAAGCGACAGCGAGAAUGAAGAUGAAAAAAGCGAAUCAGAUGAAGAUGAAGCAGGUGAAAAGCUAGCAGCCGCCGCGCUAAGCAUUGGUGUUGGUUCCUUUAGUGAUCCACGAUCCGUGCAAGGGUUGGCUCAUUUCCUGGAACAUAUGAUUUUCAUGGGUAGCAAAAAGUACCCUACUGAAAAUGAGUACGACGCCUAUAUCAGUAAAUGCGGAGGAUUCGAUAACGCUAUAACUGAUCUGGAAGAAACGACCUUCUACUUUGAGAUUGAUGAAGAAUACUUAAGUGGUGCACUGGACCGUUUUUCUAGCCUUUUCACUUCCCCUCUUAUAAAGAGAGAUUCGAUCUGUCGCGAAAGAGAUGCUGUCGAAUCAGAGUUUCAAACUAACAUCAAUAGCUUUUCAUCGAUGCGGGAGCAGCUGUUGGGCUCGCUGGGUCGAGAGGACCAUCCGAGCAGUUUAUUCUCUUGGGGCAAUUUGCGUACCCUGAAGGAUAACGUAACGGAUGAUGAACUACACGCAAUCCUGCAUCAGUUUCAGAAACGGCACUACUCAGCACAUCGAAUGCAUUUCGCUGUUCAGGCCAGAAUGAGCCUGGACGAGUUGGAGCAGUUAACGGUGAAAUAUUUCACCGGUAUUCCGAAUAAUAACUUACCCGGUGAUGAUUUUUCGAGCUAUAAUGAGGGGAACGCAUUUAAGUCUGAUUUCUUUAGCAAAGUGUACUACGUAAAGCCCAAAUCAAAUAUUUGCCGGUUAGAUGUGACUUGGUGUUUGCCUCCAAGUAUUGAUGACUAUGAGGUGAAACCAGUAGAUUACCUGUCCUAUCUCCUUGGCUAUGAGGGAAAAUAUAGUUUAACAAGUUAUCUUAGGAACAGAACACUCGCACUUGAUGUACAAACAGGAGCCAGCUAUGGGUUUGAGAAAAAUUCUCUAUUCACACUAUUCGCUGUUUCCGUGACUAUGACGGAUAAAGGUUUAGAAAACGUAGAUGAGAUCCUGAAAGCGAUCUUCUCGUACAUGCGACUGCUAAAUGAAACAGGACCAGUUGAACGGUUAUUCGAUGAGCUGAAGUUGAUAGAAGACACCUCCUUUCGCUUUAGAAAGGAAAAAGAGGCCAGCGACAAUGUGGAAGAAUUGGUAGUCAAUAUGCGAUACUACCCGUCCAAGGAUAUCAUCACUGGCUCGGAGCUCUAUUAUCGUUACGAUGCAGAUGAAAUUCGUAAAGUUAUCGACAACCUUAACCAGCCCAACUUCAACAUUAUGAUAUCGUCCUCGAAACCGUACAAUGGCAUCGUCUAUGACAAGAAAGAGAAAUGGUUUGGCACGGAAUAUACUGAAAAAGACAUGCCACAGGAAUGGAAGGACCUCUGGAAUAAUGCCAGCACGAUGCCCGAAUUGAAACUCCAAGAACCCAACCAGUACAUUAGCUCGAAUUUUACCAUCUUUGCGACUCAGCAGGAUGGUGCAGUGAUUCCAACGUUUCCGGAAAAAAUAAUGGAGACCAAACACUGCGAGCUUUGGUACCGACAGGACAGUAAAUUCAAUUUGCCCAUGUCACUCAUGUACUUUUACUUCAUUUCACCAUUGCCAAUGCAAGAUCCGGAGAGUGCUACACUGACGAGCUUGUAUACUUCCAUGCUGAAGUUCAAAAUUGCUGAGGACCUCUAUCCGGCGACAGUUGGAGGAUUGAAUUACGAAGUCUAUGCCGCAGAGAAGGGCAUCGUUUUGAAGGUGGAUGGCUACAACGAAAAAUUACCAAUUAUAGUCGACGAAAUAACCAGAGCCAUGCGAGAUUUCAAGCAAAACAUCAACUCCGAAGUGUUUGACGUAAUCAAAAAGAAGCUGGCUAAGGCAUAUUACAAUGAGAUCAUAAAAGCUAGCAAACUGAGCAGGGACGUCCGGUUAAAGGUGGUGCAGGAGACUUUCUGGAGCGUUUUGGAGCGGUUCAAUAUGUUGAAAAACUUAACUAUUGAUGAUCUCAGUACAUUCUCCACGAGGUACUUUGAACAAGUUACUAUCCAAUCGUUGAUACAGGGAAACACAAGAAAAAAAGAUGCAUUAGAUGUGAUGACGAAAGUUCAGACAAACCUUGCCACGGGUGAAAUUCUCAACAAAUCACACAUAGAAACACGAGCCCGAGAAAUACCACUCGGAAACAACUACCUAACGGUGAAGUCCUUCCGCCAAAACGAUGCGAACACCGUAACGACCACAUUCUACCAGGCUGGACCGGUAACGCCAGCGAUCAACGCUGAACUCGAAUUGUUGGUAAUGCUCAUCGAAGAGCCGUUGUUCGACAUACUUCGUACAAAGGAGCAACUGGGGUAUGACGUGUCCGUGACCAUUCGGGAUAACUUUGGCAUAUUGGGGUACUCGGUAACGAUCCACUCGCAAGAGGACAAAUUCUCCUACCAACAUAUAGACGAGAGAAUCGAAGACUUCAACGGCAGAUUCGUUCACAUCUUGAGGGACAUGCCCGAGGAGGAUUUCCAGUUGGUGAAGAGCUCACUGCUUAAACGCAAACAGAUAGUCGAUACCGAAUUGAAGAACGAAGUGGAUCGUAACUGGGCCGAAAUUACAACCGAAGAGUACAUCUUCAACCGAAACAAGCUUGAAAUGGAGCACAUCGAACGGUUGGGUAAACAGAACAUUCUCGACUUCUACAAUCGAUUGCUGUUCGACAAUCGACACCGAAGGAAGCUCUCCGUGCAGGUCGUAGGUUGCAGUGAGAAGUCGAUUCUAUGCGGCGAUGACAAAGUGGACAAGGACGAUGAAGCUGAAACCGAGGAUUUAGACAGGGAAUUCAUUAUACAGUAUCUGACUACGGACGAUGAACAGCGGAACUACAUUACUGACAUCGAGCGGUUCGGGAAGUCAUUAAAGGUGUAUCCUGUCACAAAAAUUCAAUUUUCGUGAAUUAUGGUUUGUGAUGAUUGUUUCUCUAGUUUUUCAUGUUUGAUGUUGAAUGUCUCAAUAAAAAUUAUACAAAAUUUACAUUUUAGUAAAUGUUAAAUCAA